AGAAGGUGUUGCUCAGCUGCUCCCUCCCUCGUUGGCACUUUCUCUCAACUGACUGACUGGUUGACGGAUCCGCGACCCGCCACGCCACGAGCACCACCACCACCACCACUACAUCGUUCAGUCAAACGAUCGCCCUUCCUAGAACCUCCCACCUUCCUUCCCCCCCCUCCCCCCCUUCCCGCCCACAAUGUCAGACAUUGAGAAGAACGAGAAGAACCUCGAGAACGAGACCCAUGUGGCGGUCUACAACGCCGACGAGGUGCACGAUGACCUGGCAGACACGCACGAGGGCGAGCACGGCACCAAGCGUGACCUGCCUCCCCGCGUCGUCUCGAUGAUUGCCCUCGCCGGCACCAUCGGCACAGGUCUAUUCCUGGGUUCCGGCUCCGCACUCACCCUCGGCGGACCGGUCGGCGCCUUCCUCGGAUACACCGUCAUGGGCCUGUUUGUCGGCUUCAUGAUGUACUGCCUUGGCGAGAUGACGUGCUACGCGCCCAACAUUGGCGGCUUCAUCGAGAUGGGCAACAAGUAUGUCGACCCGGCUGUCGGCUUCGCUAUCGGCAUCAACUACAUCCUCCAGCAGGGCAUGUCGAUCCCGUCCGAGCUCUCGGCCAUCGCAGUCAUGAUCACGUACUGGGACCACAACCCGAAGCACAUGCCGGGCUACCUCGUGGCGGUGCUCUUCCUGCCCAUCCUGGCCAACAUCCUCGCGGUCAAGUUCUACGGCGAGAUCGAGUUCUUCUUCUCGUGCCUCAAGCUCAUCACGCUCGUCGGCCUCGUCAUCUUCGGCCUGAUCGUCGACGUCGGAGGCGUGCCCCCCAAGCACGAGUUCAUUGGCGGCCGGUACUGGCGCGACGAGCCCUUCAACGACCACUUCAAGACGGUCAAGAACGUCAGCCUGUCCCGCUUCCUCGGCUUCUGGGCAGUGCUCACCAAGGCCGCCUUCUCGUACGGUAACAUCGAGUCGAUCGGUCUCGUCGCCGGCGAGGCCCACAACCCCCGCCAGAGCAUGCGCAAGGCCAUCCGCGCAAUCUUCUACCGUGUCGUCGGCAUCUACAUGCUCUCGAUGCUCAUGAUCGGCCUUACCGUGUCGCAGUACUCGCCCCUGCUCCUGUCCGCGCAGAAGACCGGCUCAGGCACGGCCGCCGCGUCCCCCUUCGUCAUCAUGUGCCAGCAGACCGGCGUCAAGGUCCUCCCCCACAUCAUCAACGCCGUUGUCAUCACCUCGGCGCUGUCCGCCGCCAACGAGCAGGUCUACGCCCUGUCGCGCACCUUUGUCGCGCUCGCCCGCCAGCGCUCCAUGCCCUCCUUCUUCCUCAUCACCUCCAAGCAGGGUGUCCCCUACGCCGGUGUGCUCGUCGGCCUCGCCUUCGGCUGCCUCGCCUUCCUCUCCGUGUCCGACGGCUCGGCGCAGGCCUUCGACUGGCUCUCCAACCUCUCGGCCCUCUCGUCGCUCCUCUCGUGGAUCUUCAUCUGCAUCUGCUACAUUGGCUUCAAGAAGGCCGUCGAUGUCCAGGGCCUCGACAGGAAGAAGUUCACCCUCCGCUCCUGGUGGCAGCCCUACGUCGCCUGGGCCUGCACCAUCUUCUUCACCCUCGUCCUCCUCCUCAACGGCUUCAAGACCUUCAUGCCAAAGUUCAACGUGUCCGACUUCUUCGCCGCCUACGUCACCCUCCCGGUCGUCUUUAUCGCCUGGAUCGCGUGGAAGCUCAUCAAGCGCACAAAGAUGGUCGACCCCAACCAGGUCGACCUCAGCAACGGUCCCCCCGAGGCCCUCAAGGGCACCCGCUACGACAUUGCCCACAACCCCAACGCUGGCAUGUACACUGCCCACGCGCAGCAGUACCAGUCGUACCACUAGGUGUCCGAGGUUUAAAAAGUCUUGUAGUCAUGCACCAUGCACCGUUGUUAAUGUCUG